AUGCCGGGCCUCGCGGCCUCCAACAACUCGCCCCCAACGGUGGCGCCGCCGCCACGGCGUCUCUCAUCGCCGCUCCCCCGCCGCGCGCCGCCGUCCCCGUCUCCCUCCGCCUCGUCGCGCGCCAAGCCGCGGAAGCCCUCGCCGUCCCCCACGGCCUUCCCCGCCGACGCCGACGACUCGCUCGACAACCCGGAUCUGGGCCCGUUCCUCCUCAAGCAGGCGCGCGACGCCAUGGUGUCGGGGGAGGGCGGCGGGGCCGCGCGCGCGCUCGAGUUCGCCGAGCGCGCCGCCAGGGCGCUCGAGCGGCGCGGCGAGGGCGCCGAGCUCGAGCUCGCCAUGAGCCUCCACGUCGCCGCCGCCAUCCACUGUGGACUCGGUCGCCACGCCGACGCCAUCCCCGUCCUCGAGCGCGCCGUCGCCGUCGUCACGCCGCCUGCCCCUGCUGCCAAGGGGGAGGGGGAGGGGGAGGGGGAGGGCGAGGAUGGGGCCGAUGCGGCCGGCGGCGACGACCAGCAGCAGCAGCGUGCGGAGCCCGACCAGAGGGGCGAGGAGUGGUCCCUCGCCGCCUUCUCCGGCUGGAUGCAGCUCGGCGACACGCACGCCAUGCUUGGCCGCAUGGACGAGUCCAUCGCCUGCUAUGGCAAGGGCCUCGAGAUCCAGAUGGCUGCGCUCGGCGAGCGCGACCCCCGCGUCGCCGAGACCUGCAGGUACCUGGCGGAAGCGCAUGUGCAAGCUCUGCAGUUCGACGAGGCAGAGAAGCUAUGCCGCAAAGCCCUCGAGAUCCACCGGGAGCACAGCGCUCCGGCAUCCCUCGAGGAGGCCUCGGACCGCCGCCUGAUGGCCCUCAUCCUGGACGCCAAGGGCGACUACGAUGGUGCCCUCGAGCACCUCGUGCUUGCCUCCAUGACCAUGGUUGCCAACGGCCGUGACAUCGAGGUUGCCACCAUCGACAUCGCCAUAGGCAACACCUACCUCGCCCUCGCCCGCUUCGACGAGGCCGUCUUCUCCUACCAGAAGGCGCUGACUGUUCUCAAAUCGGCUCGUGGCGACGACCAUCCUACGGUUGCGUCGGUCUACGUCCGCCUUGCUGACCUUUACCACCGAACAGGCAGGCUGCGCGAGUCUAAAUCGUACUGCGAGAACGCCCUGCGUGUCUAUGCCAAGCCCGCGCCUGGUGCUGCCCCUGAUGAGAUUGCGGGAGGUUUGAUGGAGAUUGCUGCCAUCUAUGAGGCGCUUGGCGAUCUCGAUGAGGCCCUAAAGCUUCUUCAGAGGGCGCUCAAGUUGCUCGAGGACUCACCAGGGCAGUGGAGCACCGUUGCUGGUAUUGAGGCACAGAUGGGUGUUCUGUACUACAUGGUGGGGAGGUAUGCAGAUUCGAGGAACUCAUUUGAGAGCGCGGUUGCCAAGUUGAGGGCCAGUGGUGAGAGGAAAUCGGCAUUUUUCGGCGUUUUGUUGAACCAGAUGGGGCUAGCUUGCGUGCAGCUGUUCAAGAUAGAUGAGGCUGCACAGUUGUUUGAGGAGGCAAGGGCAGUUCUGGAGCAGGAGUGUGGCGCUUCUCAUCCUGAUACUCUUGGUGUGUACAGCAACCUUGCUGCAAUCUAUGAUGCCAUGGGAAGAGUGGAGGAUGCGAUUGAGAUCCUGGAGCACGUGCUGAAGGUGAGGGAAGAGAAGCUUGGCACGGCGAACCCGGAUGUGGAGGACGAGAAGAAGCGGCUGGCAGAGCUCCUGAAAGAGGCGGGGCGGUCGCGGAACCGGAAGCAGAAGUCGCUGGAGAACCUGUUCGUGACCAACUCGCAGCGGGCGAAGAAGGAGGCCGGGAGGAGGUGGUCAAACUUUGGGUUCAGGAGUUGA